AUGGACAGUCUGGGCAACUUGCACAAGGCACAGGUGGUCGCUGCUUGGAGGGUGGGCUUGGCUAGCAAGGUGCUGAUGGCUGCUUGCCAUUGUGCUGCUGCCGAGAGACUGAUGGCCGGUGUCUCCCCUGGCUGCAGGUACUGGGAUGAAUUUCACACGUGUGCCCUGGCAGCACUCUGGGAGUGCCAGAAGGAAGCAGCAGCCGUCUGGGAGAUGCUGAGAAGGGAAUCUCAAAAAAUCAAAUUUCAAGGCAGCUUGUUCGACCUGUGCAGCCGCAGCACGGCCCAAAGCUUUGCCUGGCCUCACAUUCCCAACGUUUCUGUCCUUGGUAUCCCCCUCAUCGUCACUUGGCUGAACUUAUAA